AUGGCACGUUCAGCUGCUAUUCGUCCUGCUCCUUUAGCAAGUGCAGCUCGUAGCAACAACUUUGUCACUUGGGCUCCUACCUCAGAACCAAAAUUGAGCGCAGUACAACAAAACCCAGGUCCUCCUCCUCCAGUAGAGAACAUUGGUGUUGAUGCAGUCUUGCGUCAAAAUGUCAAUGACCCCGAGUCACACACAACAACCAUUUUCCAAGAAUUCUCCUUGGAAGGCCAGACUGCCGUGGUAACAGGUGGAAAUGGUGGUUUGGGUUUGGAAAUGGCUUUGGCUUUCGUUGAAGCAGGAGCACAUGUCUACGCAAUCGACGUUCCCGAACAACCUUCAGAAGAAUUCAAAAUUGUCGCAGAGCACUGCCGUAUCAUGAACAGAGAUUUGAAGUACAUCUCUGCUUCCGUCACAGAUGACAAAGAAAUGAACGAUGUUAUGGCAUUCGUCGUCAAAGACUCAGGAACAGAUUCUAUGGACAUUUGUGUUGCUGCUGCAGGUAUUUUGGGCACAGCUGAUGCUCUAGAUUACCCAGUUGAUGACUUCAAGAGAAUCUUUGAUGUCAACACAACCGGUGUUUUCAUCACUGCCCGUUCCGCUGCUAUUCAAAUGCACAAGCAAAAGAACGUUUCAGGAUCGAUCAUUUUGAUCGCUUCCAUGUCUGGUUCCAUUGUCAAUCGUGAUCACCACUGGGUCGCAUACAAUGCUUCCAAAUCUGCAGUCUUGCAAAUGGGAAGAAACUUGGCCGCUGAAUGGGGACCAAAGGGUAUCCGUGUCAACUGUAUCUCUCCAGGUCACAUUCGUACACGUAUGACAUCUGUCUACUUGGACGCAAACCCACACUUGUUGGUUAAAUGGAGUACAUCUAACCCAUUGGGUCGUUUGGGUCGUUCAUCUGAAAUGCGUGGUGUUGCUGUUUGGCUUGCAAGUUCAGCUUCUUCUUUCUGCAACGGAUCUGAUAUCGUUGUUUCAGGAGGUCAUCAAAUCUGGUAA